CCACAAUAUUUUCAGCCGUCGCUCUCCUCUCAUACUCAGAAAUAAACUCACAGCCGCUCUCCUAGCAUCUCUAAUGUCUCAAUACAGUCGAGAUAUUCUAUCGGAAGAAGAAAAGUGGAGGAAAAAGAUGAAGAAAAGAAAAUUGAAAGAAGCGAAGAUUGAGGCAAUGGACGUGGAUGAGGAGGAGCAGGGGAUGAACGAGAUGCUGGAAAGAAAGGAAGAAGAUGAAAUAAAAUUGAAGGUGGAGAUCCUCGGUGAACAACCUGACAAGAUUUCCCCUAUUGUCGGUUAUUUUCCUUCUGGAUUCGACCCUCUCAAGAAGCAACAUGGGCCGCCUCCAGAAAUUAGGGUUUUUAGGAACACGAAGAGAACACAAAGGUUGCAGCUUGUUGUAACCCCUAACCAGUCACAGGUAGACUUCAUCGGACACAGCCAUUCAAGUGAGAUCGCAGCCGGAAGUCAGUGCAACUAUGCUCUUGGUGUUUUAGACAAGGAGACGGGGAUCCUGAAAAUUGUUCCUAUUGCUUCAAAUAAGAUAUUUAGACUUGAACCGAAAAUCCAAGGUCUUGAUGAAUCUGAUAAAGGACCUGCAAAGGAGGAACUUACUGAAGAUAAGAAAGCACACAUACAAAGAGAACGGUUGCUCAUGUAUGAAACGAAGAGGGCGAUAAACAAGGACAAGAAGAAGGAUGCUAUAUACAAAAAGGACGAUCCAAGUACUCAGGAGAAUAUGGAAGUGAAGCUGAAGAAGAUAAAAAUAAACAAGGAAGUUCUAGAGAGUGCUGGUUCUCAGAAUUAUCGUAACAUUCCAUUCCACGAUGUUAAUGCUACGACUCCAGACUCUGCAUAUCCUCUAGACAAGAUCAUAUUGAAUUCUGAUUGGGAUUUCCUUAUUGAUGUCCUUGAGUACGUUCAAAGUGGGGAGGGCUUGACUCAAUACUACCCAACCUUUGUCCGCAACAGAGCUCAUAAAUUGCCAUCUAUUAAGGAUGAUUUUGAGAAGAGCAAAAUUGCUGGGUUGUUCUCGUUCAUUACUCAUCUAAUAAAGUUCAAAGACAAACAUUCAUUCGAAGGAGCAUCUUCUGCUAAGAAUCAUAUAAUUCCGGCCCAGAUUUAUCAGAGAUUUAACUCACUGUUUGCUGAGUCUGAUUCGAAGAGGCUUCUGGAUGAGAAGAGGAAUCUCCUCAUAAGUCAUGUAUUGGUCCUCACACUCUUUGCCGACGAUUUCAAAAGUGAUAUGGCCGAUAUAGCCAAGGACUUGAGAAUGACAGCUGUAGAGUUGAGGCGCCAUUUCGAGAACUUGGGCUGCAAACUUAAGAGAGAGGGAACUGCAUUGUGGGCUACACUUCCUGUACCACUCACCUUCCCUCAGAUUAAAGGAAAGAGGAGAAACAACAAAUAGCCAAAUUAGCAUCCCAAUUGAUUUAUAUAAAAAAGUUUUUGGUUUCUUUCCCUCAAUGAUCUCUUAAACUUGCUUCAGAUUUUCAAAUUGUUGUUCCUUACUUAUAUUGUUGCCCUUAAUGGUUUGUGGGAUAUUCAAAUCAUUCCUUAUUUUAAUUAGAGCCUUAGAUGAAUGAACUAUAUUUGUUUUAUCCAUUA